GGCUCGUCUUCGAUUUUUGCCUAUUCCAAAAAAUGGAUCAAAGAAUCUGUAUCAAAUUUUGUGUGAAAAACAAAAUUAAGUGCGCGGACGCAUUCCGAAUGUUGACUGUGGCAUAUGGUGAAGCUACCUUGGACCGAAGCAACGUUUAUCGGUGGUACAAAAUGUUCUCAGAGGGCCGAGAAGAUGUGAACGACGAAGAGCGUGCCGGACGCCCGAGCACGUCAACAACAGACGAAAACAUUGAUGAAGUGAAGAAAAUAGUAUUGACCAAUCGUCGAAUCACCGUUAGAGAAGUUGCUGAGGACCUAAACAUAGCGAUUGGCUCGUGCCAUUCGAUUUUUACUAAUGAUUUGGGCAUGAAACGGGUCGCCGCGAAAUUCGUACCAAAAUUGCUCAAUUUCGACCAAAAACAGCAUCGCAUUAACAUUGGGAGCUGUUGGACUCUGUCCGCGACGACCCAAAUUUGCUCCAAAGGGGGCGUGGUGCAUCAUGAGUUUUUGCCACAGGGUAGAACGGUCAAUAAGGAAUAUUACCUGCAAGUUAUGCUCAAUUUGCGCGAAGCAAUCCGCCAGAAACGCCCGGAAGAACAAAAAUUGGCUUUUGCACCAUGA